AACAAACACACUUGAUUAGCUGAGGAGGAAGAGAGAAAAACCAUGGCAAUAACACUCAACAAUGGCUUCAAGAUGCCUAUCAUUGGAUUGGGCGUGUGGCGCAUGGAAGGAAACGAAAUCAGGGACCUAAUUCUCAAUUCCAUCAAAAUUGGUUAUCGCCAUUUUGAUUGUGCUGCUGACUACAAAAACGAAGCAGAAGUUGGAGAUGCGCUUAAGGAGGCUUUUGAUAGUGGCCUUGUGAAGAGAGAGGAUCUCUUCAUUACCACCAAGCUUUGGAAUUCUGAUCAAGGCCACGUUCUUGAGGCGUGUAAAGACAGUCUCAAGAAGCUUCAGUUAACGUAUCUAGAUUUAUAUCUUGUUCACUUUCCUGUUGCCGUAAGGCAUACUGGGGUUGGUAAUACUUCUAGUCCUUUGGGUGAUGAUGGGGUCCUGGACAUAGAUACCACCAUAUCCCUGGAAACGACCUGGCAUGCAAUGGAAGAUCUUGUUUCAUCGGGCUUGGUUCGCAGCAUAGGGAUCAGCAACUAUGAUAUCUUUCUGACCAGAGAUUGUUUAGCAUAUUCCAAGAUAAAGCCUGCUGUAAAUCAGAUUGAAACUCAUCCAUACUUCCAGCGUGAUUCUCUAGUCAAAUUUUGUCAGAAGCAUGGGAUUUGUGUCACUGCACACACUCCACUAGGAGGUGCUGCAGCAAAUGCUGAAUGGUUUGGAACAGUUUCAUGUUUGGAUGACCAAGUUCUCAAAGGUCUGGCUGAAAAAUACAAAAAGACUGCCGCCCAGAUCAGCCUUCGCUGGGGAAUUCAAAGGAACACUGUGGUCAUUCCUAAAUCGUCAAAACUGGAGAGGUUGAAAGAGAACUUUCAGGUUUUCGAUUUUGAGUUGUCUAAAGAGGACAUGGAGCUCAUUGGAAGUAUAGAUAGAAAAUAUCGAACCAAUCAACCAGCUGUGUUUUGGGGCAUAGAUUUGUAUGCGUGAGAAUGCCCUUCCUAAGUCUGUAUCAUGGCUGUUUGACCUUGUGUUAAGAUUCAGAUUUGGUAUAAGCUGAUCUUUCAGGCUCCUUAGUAGCUCAGUUUAUUUGAUAAUGUAAACUUUCUUUGUUGAUGGUUGAAAAAUCAUCUUCUCAUCCCAUAUCCAAUCUCGUGGACUAAAUAAGAGAGACUUCUGAAUGUUGUUGCUUAA